UGUCAAAGCCGAGUCCAAACUCAGAAUAGAGCUCCGCCAUUUUCUUCUACUUGUUCGGACGCGUUCUUUUUAAGCUCUGGUUCGGUGAGAAAUACUCGUUGCAUAACUGUUCGCAAGACCCACUUUAUUGGUUAGUGUGUUUAGUUUUUCAUCCAUUCUCAAAUAUUGACGUGAUUGUGAAAAUGUCGUUGGUGAUAAUUCAUCUUUGUUGCUAGGUUUACGUUGUUUAACAUUGAAUCGUUGAUUGUUUGACAAGUCUUCAAUAUGAAACGCGUGUCCGACCGUGAUGCAUCGCCUUUCAGCAAACGCUCUCGUUCAAGCCUAGGCCAUUAUGAUGAAAGCUCUGAUGAUGAGAGAGGUGGAGCUCCUCCUCCAAGACGUAGGCGUUCACCCAGCCCCAGUCACCGAUCAAGAUACCCUCUGCCUCCCGAUCCACCAGUGAUGAGGGAACGAGAUGACUACCCACCACCAAGGUCUCGUCCACCACCCCCAUCGACUGGUUACAAGACUCUCCUUGUCAGCUCAAUCCAUCCCAAAGCCAGUGACGAAGUUGUCAAAGACUCGCUCUACAGAGAGUUCAAAAAGUAUGGUGAGGUUAGCAUCAAGUUGGUGCACGGUGCUGAACCAGAAGACCGUUUGGCCUAUGUUUCAUUCAGAAACCCUGAAGAUGCUCGUGAAGCCAGGCACAGCAAGCAGCGAAUCAUCUUGUAUGACAAACCAGCUGUGCUCGAACCUGUUUACGAACCCUCUACCGCGCGAAGCACCAGGGCGCGUUCACGAAGUUAUUCACCGUUGCCAUACCGAGGCGAAGAAGAGCGUUACAUUCGACCUCGUUCCCCAGAUGAUCGACACCGCAUGUACGACGAUCGUUACGAUUAUUCUCUGCGUGGAUAUGGUCCUCCACCUCCAACUGGCAUGUACAGAGACUAUCGUCCACCACCGUACGACUAUCCUCCCCGUGGACCGUCAUCUUACCGUGGUCACUCUUAUUACGGCGCUGGAGGACAUCCACCUGUCCCCCAUUAUGAAAGAAGUGAACGAGGUGGAGGUAGUCGAGGAGGUGGUGGUGGAGGCGGUGGAGCUGGCGGCGGCGGAGGUGGAGGUGGAGGAGGUCGCAAUGAAGAAGGAGGCGGUGGAAGAGGAGAUCGAAAUCACGACCGCUACGAGAACAAGAAAGAUCGUUUCCCAAAUUAUUUGCACCACAUCCCGCCAGAAGAGGAUCCAUUGGCUACUCGGACUCUUUUCGCCGGUAACCUGGAGAUCAACAUAACAGAGGAAGAGCUGCGUCGCAUCUUUGGCAAUUACGGCAUCGUCGAGGAUGUUGACAUCAAGAGACCGCCUCCAGGCACUGGCAACGCUUACGCCUUUGUUCGUUUCGAGAAUUUGGACCAGGCCAAUCGGUGUAAAGUCGAGCUUUCUGGCCAGUACAUUGGCAAAUUUCAAGUCAAGAUCGGUUACGGUAAAGCCACGCCCACUACACGCAUCUGGGUCGGAGGUUUGGGCUCGUGGACGUCGCUGGCACAAUUGGAGCGUGAAUUUGACCGUUUCGGCGCCAUUAAGAAGAUCGAAUACAACAAAGGAGACACGUCGGCUUACAUUUUGUACGAGACGAUUGAGGCAGCUCAAGCAGCCGUUCAGGACAUGCGAGGCUUUUGUCUGGGCGGCCCGGAUCGGAAACUGAAAACUGACUUUGUUGACACCAAUCCCCCGACAGCUCAUCCGCCAACUGCCAAGACUAAAGGAUCGUCUUCUUCCUACGAUGCUGCCACCGCUAGAAGUGGAGCUGGCGACGAUUAUGCCGGCGAAACCAACUGGAACAAUGGAGAUGAUCCCAAUUAUCGUGCGGGAUCCGGUCGGACGGGUCGAGGAAACCGAAGUGGCUACGAGAAGAGGCCUAGCGGAUAUCGAGGAUCAGGAGCCGAUGGUGACGAUUGGUCGGCAAACAGCAGCCGACGUCCUCCACCGGAUGAUUUUGACGCUGCCCGAGGAGGUUCCCGAUCGCCGUCGAAUGAAAGGCGAACCGACGACGGUGGAAGAUUCACUGGAUCCCGUACGCUGGCGGAAGUGGCUCGACGUUCUCCCAGCAAUUGGACGGGCGCCUUGGUACUCAAGAAUUCGUUUUUCCCCACGAAAUUACACGCGACAUCUGGCGAAGCGGCGAUCGCCGAUCUUUUGCUUCACGACGAGAAGAACCAGCCUCAUUUGCGAAUUACUCAGCGAUUGAGGUUGGAUCCGCCCAAACUGGAAGACGUUUCCCGUCGAGUUUCAGCUUCUGCGUCUCACGCCAUCUUCCUCGGCCUGCCCGGAUCGACAGGCGGAGCUUCCAGUCCCACUUCCGACGAGGCUGCAGGUGUCCAGAAUCGUCCGCUUCGCAAUCUCGUGACUUAUCUCAAGCAGAAAGAAGCGGCUGGUGUCAUCUCGCUGGCCAAUAAGAAUGCAGAUGUGACUGGCGUCCUUUACGCCUUCCCUCCUUGCCCAUUCGCUGCCGAUCUACUCCGACGAGCAGCUCCGUCUCUGUCUGACGAGACUCUAAAGGAUGAUCACUUGGUGAUAGUUGUAGUUAAAGGAGGAACUGCUUAAAACACAAAUCAAUCGACAACUGAUUUACUACCAUCUCUCAGACAAAGCCCGCGCACACCUUUAAUCUUCUACCAACCGCUACCAAGAUUUUUCACCAGCAUACGAACGACAUCUGGGUUUGGCCGUUUUGUUAUCCCUACAAACAAAACCAUAAAAUAAAACUUUACCAUUUUCUUGACCAUUAGAUGAGCUCUGUCAAUCCUGACCUUUCUUUACUUUUUUUCUUGCUUUAACGUUUUCUUUUCAGGUUCCCGAAGCAUCAGUUAAAUAAGACCAAUGUUUGCAUCGGUGAUUGUGUGUGUGUGUGAAUGUGUUGUGUGUUUGUGUCGUGCUUAGGUUUUUGCCUAAUACUACUAAACUAACCAGUUUGUUCAUUCAGUGAGACGAGGGGAAGAAAAG